GUAUAGAGCAUGGAAAAAGGAUACCAGAGUUUAAGAUUUUCCCGAAAGAGUUUCAAAAAGUAACCUAGCAGACGUCGGUCUGAAGUAGUGUGGAAACCAAACUGUGAUAUCCCGAGACAACAAAGGACAACCUGUAGAAUAGUUAGAAAAAAUACUAGAAGCUAGGCUAUACAACUAUACAAAAAUCUGUUGGAAUCUCAAGAGGCACCAAAGAUGUUUUUCAACAUAUUCCAAACGGGCAUUUUCGAGAGGCAGUUUCGUCGCCAGCUGCUUGUCACAUUGAGUGCCACGCUGAUAACCUUCUGCCAUGGCAUUGCCCUGGGCUGGCUGUCACCAAUGCUGCCACAGCUGCUCUCCGAGAAGGAUACGCCCCUGGACUUCUUUAUCGACGUGGGCCAGGCCUCAUGGCUGGGAGCUGCCAUCAGCCUGGGAGGCAUUAGCGGGAACUUUUCCUUCUCGUACCUGAUGAAUCGCUUCGGGCGCAAGGUGUCGCUCUAUGCUUUGGCCCUGCCCAACACGUGCAUAUGGUUCUUGUUCUACUUCGCCCAGAGCAUCGAGUGGCUGUAUGUGGCGCGUGUGUGCGCGGGUCUAACCGGCGGUGGGAUGUUCGUGGUGCUGCCCAUAUUCAUUGGCGAAAUAGCCGACAACAGCAUUCGUGGGCGGCUCUGCUCGUUUUUCACCCUGACCAUGAAUACGGGCAUUAUGGUGGGCUUUAUUGUCGCCUCCCACAUCCCCUAUCACGUCAUUCCCUGUGCCGUUGUGGGCCUGCCCGUGCUCUAUUUGUUCCUGGCCACUCGCUUCCCGGAGACACCGCAGCAGCUGCUCGUCUGGUCACGCGAGGAGGAGGCCCAACGCGCCCUGAAGUUCUACCGCCAUUGCGAUGGUCCGCAGGUGACGAAGCAACAGGAGCGCGAUUACCAGAAGCAGUUUGACGAAAUGCGCCUGGCCAUCCAGCAGCGGAGCAAGGACGCAGGCUCCGUGGGCCUCACCAUGUCUGAUUUCUGCAAUAAGCGCGCCCUGAAGGCCAUUGCCACGGGCCUGAUGCUGAUGAUAGCCCAGAUCUUCUCGGGCACCUUCGCCUUCAUCAACUACAUGUCCAACAUCUUCGAUGCGGUGCACACCCAGCUGGACCCCAACACCAACACGAUCAUCAUUGGCGCCGUGCAGAUCGUGGGCACCCUGGCCAGCAUGUAUCUGGUGGAUCGCUAUGGCCGGAAGAUACUCCUGGUGGUCUCCUGUGCGGGCAGUGGGCUGGGCGCCGCCGGCCUCGGCCUGUACGCCUUCUAUGCGGAGGAGACGGAGGUCGAUCUAUCGGCCUACGCUUCCUGGCUGCCCGUCACCCUGAUGGCUCUCAUCAUUUUCAUCGCCAAUGUGGGCGUCGUCUCGGUGACGAUGGUGGUGCUGGUGGAGCUGCUGCCGCAGAAGAUCCGGGCGGUGGCCACCAGCAUUUGCCUGGGCUGCCUCAGCUUCUUUGCCUUCACCUCUCUGAAGACCUUCCCGCUGAUGAUGUUCCACUUUGGCCUGGCGGCCACCAUGUGGUUCAGCGCCUCUGUCUCUGCUCUGUGUCUCUUCUAUGUGGUGGUGUGUGUGGAGGAGACCAAGGGCAGGUCCAUAUAUGAUUAGGAAUACAUAAAGCUGGGGGGAAACCCUCUGACUAAGCUAGGCUAGUGCCCUCCUCGACCUUGGCGAAUAAUAAAGUUCAUGGAGUUCUCUAGUUGCCA